AUGUAUCCAACCGGAUUUUCUUCUUCAAUUUCAGUUGCCGUAGGUGAUUUCAACAAGGACCAUCGAUUAGAUAUUGUCGUUGUAAACAAUGAUACUGGUGCCAUUGAUAUUCUUGUUGGACGUUACGAAGGCUUUCAAAAUCAAACAAGCUAUUCAGCUGGCUUUCGUCCAUCAUCUGUAGCUAUUGGUGAUGUCAAUAACGACACUCGACUAGAUAUCGUUGUCGCCAAUUCAGGUAGCAAUGAUGUGAGUGUCCUUCUUGGAUAUGGAAAUGGUUCUUUUGAAAAUCAAAAAAGGUAUUCAGUUGGCGCUUAUCUAUACUCUGUAGCUAUUGGUGAUGUCAACAAUGACACUCGACUAGAUAUCGUUGUCGCCAAUUCGGAUAGCAAUGAUGUGAGUAUCCUUCUUGGAUAUGGAGAUGGUUCUUUUGAAAAUCAAACAACGUAUUCAGUUGGCUCUUAUCCAUUAUUUGUAGCUAUUGGUGAUGUCAACAACGACACUCGAUUGGAUAUCGUUGUUGCCAAUGUGGGUAGCAAUGAUGUGAGUGUCCUUCUUGGAUAUGGAAACGGUUCUUUUGAAAAUCAAACAAGAUAUUCAGUUGGCUCUAAUCCAACAUCUGUAGCUAUUGGUGAUGUCAACAAUGACACUCGACUAGAUAUCGUUGUUGCCAAUUGGUUGAGCAAUGAUGUGAGUAUCCUUCUUGGAUAUGGGAAUGGUUCUUUUGGAACUCAAAAAAGUUAUUUAGUUGGCUUUUAUCCACGAUCUGUAGCUAUUGGUGAUGUCAACAAUGACACUCGCCUAGAUAUCGUUGUCGCCAAUGGGGGUAGGAAUGAUGUGAGUGUUCUUCUUGGAUAUGGGAAUGGUUCUUUUGAAACUCAAACAACGUAUUCAGUUGGCUCUUAUCCAUUAUUUGUAGCUAUUGGUGAUGUCAACAACGACACUCGACUAGAUAUCGUUGUCGCCAAUUACUAUAGCAAUGAUGUGAGUAUCCUUCUUGGAUAUGGGAAUGGUUCUUUUGAAAAUCAAAUAAAGUAUUCAGUUGGCUCUAAUCCACUAUCUGUAUCUAUUGGUGAUGUCAAUAACGACAUUCGACUAGAUAUCGUUGUUGCCAAUGUGGUUAGCAAUGAUGUGAGUGUCCUGCUGCAAUAUAACAGAGGAGCAAUUACAUAUGAAAUGAGCUUGGCACCUGGUGGUGGUUCUAGCCUACGAUGUGUAGUCAUUGGUGAUUUGAACAAUGACACUAAUCUGGAUAUCGUCUUAGCUAAUUAUGGCACUAAUAAUGUCGGCGUCCUUUUUGGAUAUGGGAAUGGUAGUUUUGAAAACCAAAUGAUGCUCAGCACUGGCAUGAAUUCUCAUCCGAUUUCUAUCGCAGUUGGGGACUUCAAUGGUGACCGUGAAGUGGAUAUUGCUGUGGCCAAUCAUGGUACAAAGCAUGUAGAUAUGAUGCUUGGAAAUGGACAGGGAAAAUUUGCAAUUCAAAUAAGUUAUGAAAUUGGCUUUGAUACACCUCCGUUAGUUAUGGCUUCUGGUGAUUUUAAUAAUGACACACGAUCGGAGAUCGCUGUCACUUACGAUGGACGUGAUCAUGUGGAUAUUUUUGUUGCGUAUAAUCAUGGUUCUUUUGAAACUCAAAAAAGGUAUUCAGUUGGCUCUAAUCCACAAUCUGUAGCUAUUGGUGAUGUCAACAAUGACACUCGACUAGAUAUCAUUGUCGCCAAUGGGUUGAGCAAUGAUGUGAGUAUCCUUCUUGGACAUGGAAACGGUUCUUUUGAAAAUCAAAGAAAGUAUUCAGUUGGCUCUUAUCCACGAUCUGUAGCUAUUGGUGAUGUCAACAACGACACUCGACUAGAUAUCGUUGUCGCCAAUGGGGAUAGCAAUGAUGUGAGUGUCCUUCUUGGAUAUGGGAAUGGUUCUUUUGAAAAUCAAACAAAGUAUUCAGCUGGCUCUUCUCCAUCAUCUGUAUCUAUUGGUGAUGUCAACAGUGAUACUCGACUAGAUAUCGUUGUCGUCAAUGCAGAUAGCAAUGAUGUGAGUGUCCUUCUUGGAUAUGGAAACGGUUCUUUUGAAAAUCAAACAAGGUAUUCAGUUGGCUCUAGUCCAUUUUUUGUAGCUAUUGGUGAUGUCAACAAUGACACUCGACUAGAUAUCGUUGUCGCCAAUAUGGGUAGCAAUGAUGUAAAUGUUCUUCUUGGAUAUGGAAAUGGUUCUUUUGAAACUCAAACAAGGUAUUUAGUUGGCUCUUCUCCACAAUCUGUAGCUAUUGGUGAUGUCAACAACGACACUCGACUAGAUAUCGUUGUCGCCAAUUCGGGUAACAAUGAUGUGAGUGUCCUUCUUGGAUAUGGGAAUGGUUCUUUUGAAACUGAAACAAGAUAUUCAGUUGGCACUUAUCCACGAUCUGUAUCUAUUGGUGAUGUCAACAAUGACACUCGACUAGAUAUCGUUGUCGCCAAUUACGCUAGCAAUGAUGUAAGUGUCCUUCUUGGAUAUGGAAACGGUUCUUUUGAAACUCAAAAAAAGUAUUCAGUUGGCCUUAAUCCACGAUCUGUAGCUAUUGGUGAUAUCAACAACGACACUCGACUUGAUAUCGUUGUUGCCAAUUCGGAUAGCAGUGAUGUAAGUGUUCUUCUUGGCUGUGACAAUAUAGUUUUUGUAAAGCAAAUGACGCUCUUAACUGGAAAUGGUUCCGCACCACAGUCCUUAGUGAUUAGUGAUUUCAACAGUGAUGGUCUGAUGGAUAUUGGCGUCGUUAAUUCAGGCAUCCACAAUAUUGGUAUUUUUCUUGGAUAUGUAAAUAUCUCUUUUUCAAAUCAAAUGACAUAUUCAACACACUCAUAUUUAUCUCCAUGCUCUAUGGCUAUCGGUGAUUUCAACAAUGAUAGUCGAGUGGAUAUCGUCUUUGUUAGUUGUAAGUCGGACAGUGUUGGUAUUAUUCUUGGAUAUGGGAAUGGUUCUUUUGGAAAUCAAAUGAUGUAUUCAACAAGCUCAAGUUCGUCUCGAUAUUCUUUAGCUGUAAAUGACGUUAAUAACGAUUCUAUGCAAGACAUUGUCGUCGCGAAUUAUGAUGCCAAUUAUCUAGGUGUACUUGUUGGACAUGGAGACGGCACUUUCGAAAGCAUCAUGCUAGUUCAGUUGGACUAUGGUUCCAAUCCAUUCUCGAUUGCCAUUGGAGAUUUCAAUAAUGAUAAAAAACUAGAUUUUGUCGUCGCCAAUAAUGGUACUGACAGUUUAAAUAUCCUCUUGCAGACUUGUUAA